AUCAUGAUCAAUCCAGUUCUCUCUCUGAGGACAGUUUAGGGUUUCAAACUGUUUUAUCAUUAAAUCUCCUCAAACAAAAUAUCAUUUGAAAGACCUGAAACUUCUACAUUCAACCACUAUUUCACGAUAAAGUGGCACAAACACACACACCCACUCACUCACUCACUCACUCACACACACACACACACACACACACACACAGACAGAGGGAAGUGUUUGGGAUCAAGUGGAAAAAGAGAAACACUCCCGUCAUUCCUCUGAGCCUCAGACAGCUUCAGUCACAGAGAUGAGAUUCAUUAUUCUGAUCUUUCUCUUCAUCUUCCAUCGGAGCGCAGAGAUCAUCUCAGUGCCAAAGCUGAGUGCUCCAGAAAAGCAUUCUCUUGUGCUGAUGUGUGCCGAAGCUUCAGACGUCGACUGGAGCCACGGUCUGAGAGGAGUCAUCGCCUCUAAACAUGGACAGCAGGUGUCUUACCUGGACCAGAGAAAACACCAGCUGCUGUCAGGCGGCGCACUCCACAUCAGAGACCUGCAGCCGUCCGACGCAGGAGAAUAUUACUGUAACCGCGAGCUGAUCGCAGAUAUCGCCGUUCUCAAAGGCCAAAACUUCACCAUUCCUGCAGGCACAACUGUUUAUCUGCCAUGUAAAACCUCUGAUAAAUUUAAGCAGAGAUGGGCAUUCAAGCGAACUGCUCAGUCCAGAAAAGAGUUCAUCUCCACGCUCUAUAAAAACAGCACAGUGAAGAAAGAGAGAGACGAUCCGACGUCCAGAUUCACUCACACCAUCAGCCACCUGAUCAUCCACGAUCUCCAGCUGCAGGACUCGGGCCUUUACCUGUGCAACAACAGAGAGAUGGCCGUCCUCACUGUGACCACAGAAUCGACAGACGUUGAAAACAUCAGUCCAGAAAUAAAUAAAAAUCUGACAGUGUCCGUCCUGCUGGCUCUGUGUUUACUGUCGAUCGUCUGCGUCUGCGUUCUCUCUGUGAUCCUCAGCUGCAGGAGAACCAGAACAAACACCAGAAAGGAAUCAGAGCCGACAGAUCAUACAUCAGGUCUGCCGCUGCACAGCAUGACAGAUGAAGGCCGCUGGAUGUCGGACGUGCACGAGGAUACAGGCGAGGUGCAGUACGCGUCUCUGGGUGUUCAGCUCUGCAGAGACGCAGACGGGCAGAUGAACAGCAGACAGAACGUCAUUUACUCCACACUUCUCACACGCCCCAAGAGUUCAUAAAAACCACACGCUGUCUUUAAUGCAUUAAUCUGUUCAUUUACCGUUGUGCAGUAGAUAAGUGCAAUAUUGAGUGAUUUUCAAUUAUACGUACAUAUAAACAAUAUAAUUCAAUAACACCUUAAAGAGGAAAUAAAUCACUGUUUUAGCUUCAAA